AUGCUGCGAUUAUUGCUACUAUCUUCCUUACUACCGAUAGUUUAUUCUCAAAUCGCCGCCGUCUAUUCAAAUGCGUCUCGCUCGGAAGAUUGCUCAAAUUGGUCCUCCUGGGGUCCUUGCAUCUGGCCCGAUAAGGAGUCACCAGUACCCUAUAUCGAGCAGCUAUCCCCCGUCUGCCAACAGCACUGGUUCUACGUCUUCAUCAAACGCUAUGAAUCGGCGCUAAACAAUUUCUACAACUACAUGACCUUUGUCAUGCGAAAAUUCGAACCAUGCGGCAUGUGCAUCUACAAGCAAAGCUGCGGCUUCGGCGGAGACAAGAAGUGCAACGUCAGCCCGUUCACGGUGCGUGGCGGGCGUCCUGUGGUGCCUUUUUAUGUGGCCGAGAGGUUGUGCUCGACGAAGGAUCUUUCAGGGAAGGGGCAGGUGGAAGCAUGUGAGGUUGACUACGACAUGCUCAAAGAAAACGGAGACGACGAAUGCACCCUGUGGCCAUCCCCUAGAGUCGAUCUAUCCUCCAUUGAGCCAGCUUUCCGUGAACAUAUCCAAACACUAAAGUGGUACUCAUGCCUACCGCAGACAAAGAAGUACCGCUCGAAGUCCGGAAAAACCAGACGCGAAAAGGUUUGCCGAUGCUGCUGCUUCCCAUUCCGUCCCAAUCCGGUUACCUUCGAAUGCGAACAUCAGACGGACCUUCCAAUGGCUCCUGGUCAAGAACUUCUUGGUGAAAACCUCUCAAUGGCCCGCGGUCCCAAGACGAAAUCAAAGAAGAUGAAGAGAAGACAUCGUAGACCAUCUCAU